UGUGAUACUAAGGGGAGGUGGAGGAGGAGGUGCAGGCUUCCUGACAGUUAGCUGGUCCUCACACUUCACAUCUCUCCAGAUCAAGGCCACCCCGGGGCGGAGCUGUACUGUAGAGCUCGUCAUUUGGGCGCUUUGGAUACUCGCUGCUUGCUGCAACACAGUCGUGCCAUCUUGGAGGGCUGCUGUUUGUUUUUUGAGACCUAAGUUCACCUUCUUGUGAUUGUGCGCCAUGGGAGCAGAGAGCUCAGUGCCGCGGGACGGGAAGAGCCAGGAGGAUGCCCCAGCUUCAGCUCCAGCCUCCGGCGGGGAGCUCAGUGCGGAGGUGUCGGCGCUCCAGGAGGGAAGCAGCCUCACCGAGAGCAAGCCUCUGGCGAAAAAUGGACAAAUCUCCAGCAUGACGAGUCUGAAUGGUCACUCUGAGGACAACACGCUGGCAGAAGUUGGCCAGCCGGAUGGUGUGGUUCAGGAGGAGGCUCCUGAAACCAUGGAUACCAUUCAAGGUGAAGUGGUUCCUCAAGUGAAUGGCGAGAAAGUGGAGAAAGAGUCUCCCGAUGCCAAUGACAUCUCUGCUGUUGAGGAGAAAGCAGCGGAGGAGAAGCCUGGUGAUGCCAAUGAAGUCGGCUUCAAGAAGAUCUUCCGCUUUGUGGGCUUUAAGUUCACACUGAAGAAGGACAAGAGUGAGGAGAAGGAUCCUGUGAAGCUUCUCACAGUCAAAGAUAAGGAAGAGGAGGUGAGUGGGACUGAUGACCCUACAAAGGAGGAGGAAGAGGCUGCCACUGUUGAGGAGAAGAGCACCACUGAAGAAAAGGAGGCUGAUACAGAGGUAUCUACUGCUGAGGCGGAAGUCAUUAAGGAUGAUAAAGCUGAAUCUACCGAUGCCCCAGCUGAUGAAGCAGUCAAGGAGGGUGCAGCUGAGAAGGAAGGCGAGAUCACUCUGUCACCCUUCAGGAAGCUCUUUAGCACAGGUCUCUUUUCUAACCUGAGAAAGAAAGCCAGCAUCAAGAAGUCGAAGGAGGAGGAAGACAAGGAGGCCGCUGUUGAGGAGGAAACAACGAAGACAGAAGAAACGGCUGAUGCUGUAGAGGGAAAAGAAGAGAAAGAUGAGGCAGAGCAAAAAACGAAUGAGGAGGCACCAGCAGCUCCAGAGGAAGAGAAAACUGAGACGUCCCCAGAGCCAGAGGCCACUGAUGAAACUCCUGCAGCUGACGCUACUGAUGAGAUCAAACCAGAAGAGGAAAAGGCUGAAGCAACUGUAGAAGAGGAAAAGGCUCCAGCAGAGGUGACUACUGAGGCUGAGCUGCUGUCAUCACAGGAGAAGGUGAAGCCCCAGGGAAGCCCCCUGAAGAAGCUUUUCACCGGAGCUGGCUUGAAGAAACUCUCAACUAAGAAACAGAAGGCCAAGAAGGAAGCUGAGAAGAAGCUCACCGCGUCUGGAGAGGAGGCAGGUGAGCAGCUUCAAUCCUCCACUGAGUCAGGAGAGGCACCGAAGUCUGACAGUGGGCCUACAUCCCCCGAAGAGUCAGGAGAGCAUGUUAUUUCUGUGGAGGUGACACAGAAUGAAUCCAGCCCAGAGACUGACACUGAAGUUGCCUCUGAUGGAGAGAAGAAAAAAGAUGGUAUCAUCGCCUGGUCCUCCUUCAAGAAACUAGUGACACCCAAGAAGCUUGUAAAAAGGACUUCUGAAAGCGAAGAUGAAGCCACAGGUGAGAAACCAGUAAAGUCAGCUACUCUGUCCUCUUCUGAGAGUGCCCCGUUAGCAGACACAAGUGUUGAGGAGGAGGCUGAGGAUAAGCCGACUGACGAAGAGCCAAAGACCGAAAACACAGAGAAACUGGUCAGCAGCACAGAAGAGCCCAAAAAGAAAAUGGACACCUCAGUUUCCUGGGAGGCCCUAAUGUGUAUGGGUGGACCCAAGAAGAGGACAAGGAAGACUUCUGAUUCUGAUGAUGAGGAGACCAAGGUUGAAGAGGAACCUGCAGCAGAGGCAGUGGUAGAAGGGGAGCAGGAGGUGAAAGCUGAGGCUGCCAUUGUCACCUCACAAAGCUCAGAGAGUGAUGCUGAAGUCGCUAUCUCCCCUGAAGCUUUAGGCCCCGCCCCUGAGAGAGAGUCCACCUGGGACACACUGAAGCGCAUGGUUAUGCCAAAGAAUAAGGCCAAAGUUGAGGAAAAGCCUGAGGAGACUGCAGAACAAGUCUUGUCAGACAGUGAAGCACCAAAAGAGGAGUCCUCUUUCUCGUUGAGGAAGCUCUUCCCUGGACGCAGGAAGAAGAAGGCUGAAAAACAGGCCUCAAGUGAGGGUGAGGAGGACUCUGACACCCCAGCUGUGGUUCCCCUCUCAGAGUAUGAAGACCAAGUUGAAGCUGAACGGGAAGCACCAGAACAGGAAGCCCCUGCAGAACCUACUGAGGUCCAGAUUAAAGUAAGCGCUGAAGAUAGAUCCCCUUCAUGGAUCGCAGCCGCUGUCGAGGAAGGUGAUGACAUACACGAUCAGCUGAGUGACAUACCAGAGGAGGCUGAGAACGCUGCCACGCCUAAAUCUGUUGACACUGACAUCGCAGAGGAUGAAGACAAGGAAUCAUCCCCUAAACCUCCCAGGCGCACCGGGCGCAGACUCUCCACGGCUGAGGUAAAGCCUUUCGCUCCAGCUCCAUCUGCGGAAACCACUCCUGUUCCUCAGGGACCCAAGGCAGAAAGCGCAGUGGAGGUUCUGGAGGGCAUAAAGGCUCAAGUUACCGAAAUUCCACCCCAGUCAGAUGUGACUGUUGAAUAUGUACCAACUGAGGUCGCUUCUAAGGAAACCGAGUACGAACCACCAAUAGAGAAUGUUGAGACCAGCACAUGUAUUAUCCUGCAGCCACACGCUUGUGACGAGGCCAUGGCCAUCUGUACUGGCCUAGGAACCAAGGAGAUCGCCAAAGUGGCUAUCGAGAAACCAGCAAUGCCCAUUGCAGAGUGUGUGGCCGUGAUCCAUGACAGUGUAAGCACAGAGAUGUCAGUGAUAGAGAAGCCACCUAGUACAGAAGGAGCCAUUGAUUCAGAAGACGCAGUGCUCAUUGCCCAAGUGCACCAAGUAGAUGCUACUGAGCUGGAGCCCGUUGUUGAAUGUCCACAGAGUGAAUCGUCAGACAUUCAGGAAGCCAGUGUGAGCCUGGAACCAGGACUGGAUCAGGUCAGAAUUGUCAGUGUUCAGGAGUCUGAAAUCAUCCAGCCUGCCACAUUUAGCGAGAACUCCCCUAAAGCUUUUAUAACGGAUCCCAUUACACCAACAUCUGAAAAACCUGUUUGCACCCAGAGCGUAUCGGUCUCUGAGUCAACUGUAGAGACCAAGGAAAGAAAAUUGGAUGUGGAGCAGCUUGCUGCCACUGAAGAAAAUACUGGAAAAGAGGAAGUGCAGAGUGUGACUAAAGAGAUCGCCGCUGCCAUUUGUGAAAGCGCAGAGUCCAUCACAGAGGAGACUGAGCCAGCCAUCCAUCUCAUCAUACCAAGCGAAGGUGUUGUCAUUGCCGAAUCGGUGGUGCUUGUGGCCCAGGCCAGUGGAGACGCAUCAGAGAUUGAAAAUGCACCUGAACCAGUCGUGGAAAAGGUGGAGGAAAUCAUCCAGCAGACCAGCCAAAUUGAGGCUCAGAGUAUGGUCAUUGCCCAGACAGUCAUUCAGGAUGCCAUGGAUAAAGUUUCAGAAGACAAACCUGAAUCAAAAGAGCCUGACACCCCAGCACCAGUCAAGGCUAACGCAACAACAGAAGAAGAGAUCUCAACCGAGACCCUUGUUAUUACCGAGACCCCUGUUGCUAUUGAGUGCAAAACACCAAAGUCACCCAAGCUGCUUCAUGUUGCCAUGGAGGUCAUUGACACAACGAUCGUGGAGGUUACAGGGAGCCUUGAUGCCUCUGUGGAAGAGAACAAACCUGAAGAAGAGUUGAAGAAAGAUGUGGAAGUAAAAGUAGGUGAAGAAAUGAUCGUGUUGGAAGAAGUGGUCGAGAUAAAGGCAGAGAGUCAGACAGAGGAGGAGCUUGAAGAGGUCAAAGAAGAACAGACCAAUGAAGAAGCAGAGGUUAAGGAACCAGAGGUUGAAGAAAAAGCUGAGGAAGUUGAACCACAAUCAGAGGAAGGAAAGUCAGAUUCCCCAUCAGAAGAGAGCAAAGAGAAAGUGCUUGAGAUUCACAUGCCAGUCCAAGUCGUCCUGCAGACAGCGCAGGUGUUUGAGGAACCGUCGGUGGAAGAAGAGGCCGCGGUGGAGUUUGACACCAACAGCCCAGUGGCUAAAGACGCCAGCGUAAAACCAAAGAAGGCAGCGAAAGAAAACAAACUCUCAACGCUGUCAGAAGAGCCCCAGGUGCCAGCUGCAGCAGAGGUUUCCACUCCCUGCCAAGACACAGAGGCAGAGGCACCAGGAACUCCGUCGGGGAAGUGUGCGGAAGUGAUGGCGCAGGUGAUGGAGGUGAUCGAGGAGGCUGUGAAGGAGAUCGAGCCUGUGUCCACAGAGAUCACAGCAGCAUCAUGAGCAGCUGGAGAUACAUUACUGAUGCCUGGGAGACACACUGUCUGGACCAGGAAGUGAGUGAUGAGGGAGCGAAAGAGAGAGAGAGAGAGAAAGAGAGAGAGAAAGAGGCUGAGACUGGGCUCCUCCCAUCCCGCCCAGAGAGACUGAGUGACUGAACAACAGCUCCGCCAUUCUCUCCACCUCCCCUACCAACUGUACUUCAACCCCAUCCUGCAGCCCUGUCACCUCCAAACGUGACAUCCCAACGCCAUAUCCUCACCCCCUCACUCGCUCUCAUACACACACACACACUUAAGCAUGUCCUGGCUUGUCAUCAGCGUGAUGUGUGUUCAGUUCCUAGGUGACUUUCCAUUGCCCUUGCUGCAUAAGACGAGAGUCUGCAACCUGGUCGAGUGUGUAUCAUUUCACAUGUGUGUUUGUAUGUGUAUAGUAGGGAGAGUAGGCUGGUGUCAGAAGGUGAAGAGAUGGAGGAUUAUUAUCUUGUAUAUUGUAUUUAUAUCUUGAGUUUUAUUUCAUUCGCCCCUAUUUUUUUCAUUUUUUUUGUCUGAACAUUGUUGCCUUGUUGUUUUUAAAACCCCCACAUUAUGCUGUGAUGCAUCAGGUAUUUGUUUGAGCAACAUUAUGAUAAUUAAUGAAAGGGUAGUGUAGAGAAACAUCUAUAAAGUUUAAUUUACCAAAGUAAUGUGACUGCAUGUAAAUAGCUGAUGUAUCACAGGUUUUAAUGGUCAUAUUCAAUAAUUAUUUCAGUAGCAGAAUAGCUAAGCCAUGGUACAAGUGUUUCCACUGACACUAAGUGGUGACACUAAAAACAUCAGGAGGGUUUAUUAUCAUUUACCAGAAACGCUUUUCGCUUUUCACACAUUCUCUUGUCACAAUGUGUUCUCACUCUGCACCCGACAAAAUACUUAAUAAGCUUCAUGUAGAUAAGACAAACAAUCACUGCCUGAUUUACUGUGAAAAAUACGUUGUUACACAUUGUUUUAUGUAAAGAUACAAUAAAAUACUAAUAGAACACCUUCUUUGAUCAUGUGGCAGAGAUAUAUGUGGUUAAAAGUGACAUGCAGAGAAUCAAAAGACAUGUUUUUGUCACACUGCAUCAACAUGUAUGUUAGGAACACAAAGUAUAUCACAAUAUUUUAAGGUUUCUUAGGUUAUGUGUGACAUACUGUAUGUAAUAUUUGUAAAGUAAACAUUUAACACCUUCCUUACUCACUAUAUUUAUACUUCUUUAUGAAAAGACAGUAUGUUGAUACCCUCUGUUGCCUACAGAAAGUAGUGCACCCUUUAGUCUUCAGUCAUUUGUGUCAUUGUGGCUUAAACUAUGUUUUAACAGAACUAUAAAGUCUAAAAAAACAUGUUCUCUACUCAGCAUGAUGGCUCAGGCAUAGGUUGGUGAUUUAGAAAGGCACGGACGGCAUGGUACCAGAAGUGAAAAUAAAAUAAAAUUUUACUCUUAAAUUAAAAGCCAAAUUGAGUUAGGAUCAAUCAGGGAGUCAUGGACUUUCCAUUGCUCACAGGAUAAGAGAUCAGUUGCAUCCAAUUAAAAUCCUAAAGCAACUAGGGAGCUGCUAUUGCUAGUCAUGCAUCAAACCAAGUCACAAGGUCAGGCUUUUUUUUUUGCUUUGGCAAAGUGGGAGAUGUAUUCAGGGGAAGGAUGAUGGGAAACUUUCCUCGGUUCCAGUUUUACCACCAAAGCAAGGGUUACACUGGUAUUAUUUGAUGUCUUACCAAAUUUGGCAAACUUGCACUGUGUCAAUCCUUCAGACAUCAUUAGAGAAUGAACUGCGAGUUCCUCUAUAAUCCACUGAUUCAAAUCUGACACGAGCAGCUCUAGACGCUCACGAUUCACUCAGCUUUAUGACCAAACAAGAGAAAGAUCAGGAUGUAUGAGCCCUUGUUAGGUCACCACUUCCCUUUAUUUUGACUCAAAAGGGUGUGCCACGUCAAUACUUGCUUUAUGUAAUAUAAACGAUUAGAGAAAAGACAAUGUGAGCUAAAGACUUUUGCUGUUGUUGCAUAAUAUAAAGCAUUUAGUUGGGCCACUGCCCACUCUAGACCUCCCCUGCUUUUUGUAACACACUUAACUGUGAACCUGUUAACAUUUGUACAGAUUGUAUACUUACUGUAUGUACUUAAAAAACAUAUUGUUGUUAUAUUACCUAAUAACCUGCAGACAUUUAGCUUAAUAUUCAUGUAGCAUGGUCUUACUGGUCUUUUGUAUUUCCCAAGCUGUCAAUAGUAAGAAUACAGAAACUCGUCUAUAUUUCAUUCAAUAAAGGUAGAGAAAAUUGA